UCAAACCCAAACGGCUCUUUUAAGAGCCACCCAUCUUCUCACGUAAAGAGUUAACGUGUCUGUUAUCGUAUUGGUUAGUUUGUACUUUAAGAUUAAGUUGCUUUUUAACACUCGUCACGGUCUUCCUUGCUAUUGUGUAUCUAUUUUGACGGCCAUGGUGGUCGCGCUGUACUUUUGUUAAUUCGGACACUAAAAAUAUUAUUUAAACCAAGCAAAAUUACACUUCGCCUUUGUGUUCUUUAUGUAAAGCCGGUUACAGAAUUUUGCAACUGAAAUAACAAUCCAGCUCUAAAGUUGUUCUCGUAGUAAUGCUACAAAUAUAUACAUUAUAGAUCUUGCUUAAAGACGCUAUAUCAUAGUCUAACUUUGUUAAAUAAGCCUUACAUGUAUUAGUUUAUUACACACAAAUAAAAUGAAGAUCGGAACAAGAUUAGCAUUCUACAAACUACAUUGCAUGUUUUUGAACUAAAAGUGGUGCAUUAAUUUGUUUUGUUUUCUUCGAGUAAAAAAAUAUUGGUAUAAAAUCAUGCAUAAAAUCUCUCUAAUGUUCAUAGCAUGUGUCAUGUCAGUCUUAUGAACACGCCUUCAAGUAAAGUGUUACCAAAACCUUUAUAGUAUAUAAAAUAAUAUUUUAAAGAAAUAGCAUUGUAUACAAAAUCGAGCGGGAAAGUAAUACGAUCCUCAAACGCAUAGGGCAUUUCAAACCUGAGCCGGUGGGUGGGACUUCAGUUUCGAAGACACUGAUUGGCUCACUUAUUUUACAGCUACUCCAAUGAAAUCCAUUCGUGUUCUUUGUCCAAUCACAUCCUGCAAUUAGAAGGUACGUCUACGGUCUCUAAAAAAUUAGCAUGGGCAGUGUUUAUAUGCUUCUUCACACAUUAAAUGUUCAUACAUUGUAUUAUUGUAGCAGAGUUAUCAUGCCUGAGCCAGCGAAGUCCGCACCUAAGAAGGGAUCUAAGAAGGCCGUUACUAAAGCUGCCGGAAAGGGAGGCAAGAAGCGCAAGAGGUCCAGGAAGGAGAGUUAUGCUAUCUAUGUCUACAAGGUCCUGAAGCAGGUUCAUCCUGACACCGGGAUUUCCUCUAAGGCCAUGGGGAUCAUGAACUCGUUCGUCAAUGAUAUUUUCGAGCGUAUCGCCGGUGAGUCCUCUCGUCUCGCUCACUACAACAAGCGUUCCACCAUCACAUCGAGAGAGAUCCAGACCGCCGUGCGUCUGCUGCUGCCCGGUGAACUCGCCAAACACGCCGUGUCUGAGGGAACAAAGGCCGUCACCAAGUACACCAGCUCCAAAUAAAUCUCUUAAAGCUUUCAACAUCCAAAGGCUCUUCUAAGAGCCACCCACUUUUUCAUCUGAAGAGUUUCCAUGUUUAUAAAACCUCUAGUGGUGUUCAGAUAUCUUUAAAAUAAGAAGGCUUAAGUUUUGAUAGACUUUAGUUUGAGUGUGCAAUUGUUUUUGCAAUGUUAAUGCACUUUGCAAGCCGAUCAAUGACAAAGUUUCAAUUUUGUCUGGUCCACAACACACAUGCACAUUUUAAGCAAUGAAACACUCGUGCUGCAGUCUACUAGUUAAUUAAUUUACCAUAGUUAAUGCUACACAAUACUAUAGUAAUUAUUCUUUGCCAUAUAAUGAAAGUUUUACCAGGUCACUUGCUGAAUGGAAAGCUGGUUGUUUUAACCUUAAACUGCAACAUUGUUUACAACCUCAAAAUGUUAUACUAAGCAUAAACUAUUUGUAUGAGUAAUAGUGAUACAUAUUUCUGGCAUGAGCUUUACA